AUGGAGACCUCGAAGGGCUUCUCUCGGGAGUGGUGCGCCCAAAGGCUUCCUCGGGCGCAGACGGUUGUUUGGAAGGUGUGGCUUUGUGAAUUCUGGCUACUACUGCUCGGUUCCGGUUUGAACGCGCAUUUUUUGCCACACGAAGAGGACGUAACGUUUAUCAAUGAGUACGUGAACCUCCACAAUGAGCUCCGGGGCAGCGUCAUCCCCCGAGGGGCUAACUUGCGCUUCAUGACUUGGGAUGUAGCUUUGUCACGGACUGCUAGAGCAUGGGGGAAAAAAUGUGUGUUUGAACGUAAUAUUCAUUUAGAAGAAGUAAAAAUGGCCCAUCCUAGAUUUAAUGGUAUUGGUGAAAAUAUGUGGGUCGGCCCUGAAAAUGAAUUUACUGCAAGUAUUGCUAUCAGAAGUUGGUUCGCACAGAGGAAAAAGUACAAUUUUGAAAAGAACAGUUGCUCUGAUAACUGUUCUAAUUAUCUACAGCUUGUUUGGGACAAGUCUUACAAAGUUGGUUGUGCUGUUACUCCAUGUUCAAGAAUUGGACGUAUUAAACAUGCAGCACUUUUCAUAUGCAACUAUGCACCAGGAGGAGUUCUGUCAAGAAGUCCUUAUCAACGAGGAUUAAUGUGUUCUCGAUGUAGCAGCUAUGACAGAUGCACAGAUUUUCUAUGCAGUAACGCAGAUCGUGACCAAGCCAUAUAUUACCGAUUUUGGUAUCCAAGAUGGGAAGUACCCCGGCCAAUUGUGUGUGAUCCACUGUGCAUACUUAUUUUAUUUCUGAGAAUGCUGUGUUUUUCACUAAGUGCCACAAUUGUUUUGAUAAUGCAGUCUCAUUUUCCAAAUAUAUUAUUGGAAGAAGAGAUGGUUUUUAUCCCUGAGGUAACUGGGCCAGCAAAGGAGGAGGAAAAGGAUGACACCCAAGAAAACUUUCCUCUAAGCAGGUUCUGUCUUAUUAUUGUCCUCUCAAGUUCUGGAACUCAAGAAUUAACAUCUGGUCUUCCCUGGUGACACAGUGGUUAAGAAUCCGCCUGCCAAUGCAGGGGACACAGGUUUGAGCCCUGGUCCGGGAAGAUCCCACAUGCCACAGAGCAACUAAGCCCGUGCACCACAACUACUGAGCCUGCGCUCUAGAGCCUGUAAGCCACAACUACUGAGCCUGCAUGCCACAACUACUGAAGCCCGCGCGCCUAGAGCCUAUGCUCCGCAACG